AUGGCAGAACACGUUGCGCGCAACCUUCGUCUGAUGACUAUGAGACCCGACGGCAAUUUCAUGCCAUCCUCCAACCCCAACUACAAUAACUUCAAUUCCAACCUUCGACUCAAUGGCCUAUUUGUAUCCAUUGGCUUUAUUGAUCUGGAGCUGGACACCGGGAUCAUUAAUACAGCUCCCAAUAUCGUUUGA